UCACAGACACCUGCACAUCCAUCCUGUGGCCCCUUGUCUGGGUCCGGAGUAUACCUGCGGGGAGAGUAGGGCAUGUCCCCCCCUCUCCGGGGUCUGCAGCCAAUGUGGGGGUGUAGCCACCAGCCCUGCCGCCUGGCGAGGCCCAUGGGCUGGCCAUGCUCCCCCACGGGCUGCACUUCCCAGCCUCCGCUGCUGGGCCUCAUUGCAGCAUAACACAGGCCAGAGGCUGCAGCCCCUCCCCCAGUACAAAUCCCUUGGCAGAGACAGCUCAGGGACAAGGCAGAGCCCGCACACCGCCUCCCCCUGCCCUGAGACAGCCCAGGGCCCUGGUCUGUGGGCUGGGGCAGGGCCUGGCUCUGCUGGGGGCGCAGAAGGUGAUGGCCACUGGUGUAAGGCGUCUGAGUGAGAGGCGGCACAGUGGGAAGGCCAUGCCUGGGUUCUUCCUCUCCCAACUGGCAGCAGCUCUGGACAAUCCAGCCAUCAGGGCUCUGGAGUGGCAUGAGGAUGGGCGGGGAGUUGUUGUCCAUCCGCACCUGUAUGAAGAGGAGGUUCAGAAGCACAAGGAGCUCUUCCCAGAGCUGAAGACCCUGCGGUCAGUCUCGAUGCUCCAGACCUGGCUGUUGACUGCUGGCUUCAGAGCCAAGGUGGCAAAGGCCAAAUCUGACGUACUCAUUUUCCAGCACUCCGACUUCAGGAAGUUGCCUCCCAGGGCAGAGGAAGUGGAUGGUUCCAGUGCCGAGCCUGGACCCAGCCCCAGGCAGCACAAGAAAGCCAAGAAAAGGAAGAGCAUGUCUGAUCUUACUGCCUCUGCAGGCAGCGCAGCAGGAGCUCUGUCCUCAGACACCCCAGGUGCAGACCGGAGACCACAGCGCCUGCGACCCUUAUACCAGUACAUCAACUAUGACAACCCGGAGAUGAACAGACUGUCAGAGGAGGAGGGGGACACACCAGAGACAGCUGCCCCAGGAGAGGCUACCACAGGGGUGGGGAAGGCAACAGCCGUGCUGGAGGGAUCUGGACAAACAGGUGAGAAGGGCAGUAACCCAGCAGUCUGCUCCCUGGGAACUCCAGCCCCAUCCGAGGUGGACAAGUCGACUCAAGUGGCCAUUGACAAGAUGCUCAGUGUCUGUGCAGCUCACUUGGUGCCUCCACUCUCACCACAGCAUAAAUAAUUGCACAGACUCAGGUUUCCCACUAUGUUAGCUCAGCAUAAAACAAACAUGGGAUGGGCUGUUGUCUGGAGCUAGAGCGAAUGCUUUAGGAAGCUGGCUGAGCACUCCUGGUAAAAGCUCCUUUUCUUUAUCAAAUGCCAGGGCAUCUUCCCACCCCUGCUCAUUGUGGCUGGAGCUGAGUAUUUACAUUCAUGCCCUCAUUACUCAUUUAUGAAAUAAAGAAAGCUUGUAAAAGUGCUGACUGCAUAGUGCCUGGAGGUACAGACUAAUGGAUGGACAGUGCUGAGGUACAAGGCAGUCAUUCAGUUGAGUGCUCUCAUGCCUGCAAGACAAUGGAGGUUGAGGUUGAGAGUAGCUCAUUCCAAACACUUCACAUUAAAAUUUAGAAAGGGAAGAUAGAAUGUGCAUUGUCUGAAGCCUGAAUGCACCACUGUAGCUGCCUGAGUUUGUGCCUGGAGCAGGACUCAGUGCAGCUUAUUACAUGAUUAGGUAAAUCAAGCUCUUCAGCCCAAGCGAAACUUGGCCAGGGACUCCCACAGCCCCAGCAUCACUAUUUGUCAGGAGACAGUUUCAGAGAUGCAAUAGCGUGUUGCAGAUGGGAGCAGUGAUGGCUCUUGGUGAAUAGCAGAGGGGUGGGAUACUUCAUGUUUGGAAAAGGUAGGCUAGGGGCUGCAGAGGGAAUCUCCCAAUGACAGAGCUUGGUAGAGUCACACAUCAGGUUGGGGGAUUUAAACUAAAUCAGCUCUCAGCCAGUGUCCUAGAGAGCUGCCACCAAGAGAUGGAAGUCCAAAUACCAUCUCCAGCCUAAAGUUAACCAGCUCACAUUUCUCCUCUUUUCUCACUCCUGUUGUUUGUUCCUACCUCCCUGGAGUCUUUCCUGUCCUUCUGGGAUCAUUGGAACAUACCAGGAAGGGGUUUUUGUGCCCAUCUCUCAUGCCCCCACCAGAAGCACUGUGGUCUUUAAGCUUGCCCACCCUACUCUACAUUUAUAUCUUUUGUUGCACAAGGCAAUCUUGGCAUCUUUAAGCCUUGUCAGUUCAAGAAUUAUCUUCCAAACAGGCAUAAACCUAGCAGGAAAUAUGCCAAAAAGAUCACCCCUGAAUGAACACAGCUGGGUAAGCUUUGGGUAAGCUCUGCAGGUCCUGAGACUCAUGUCUUAAAGUCACACCAUGACACCAACCAAGAUCAGAGCCCCAUCGCACUAGGUAUUGUACAAAAAGAGACAGACAGGGUGCAAGUAUACAUGCCAUUAAGACCAUGGGAUAAACUCCAGCAGUUUGUGCCAGAGUCAGCUGCUCCCAGGCACAGUGCAUGCAUGUGUGCCCGGGACCACAGCAGUUUGAGCUGGGGUGGAGCAGCCAAGGCUGGCAGCAGGCUGCGGGGGGUUAGCCCCCGGCUCCCAGUGGCAGCAUCAGCAAGUGUCAGGGCCGGCUAGGACACAAGAGAACUGAAACUGUGGAGCCAUAUGGCUGACCCACUCCCCACUCCUGCCUAG